ACACUCCGUUCCAAUAUCUUCGCACCAAACAAAAUUUUGAGUUUUAAUGUAAUCAGCCCGAAAGAGCCAAAGUGAUGUCUCUCGUUCAAAUCAGGAACAUAUCUCUGCUCUCCCUAAAACCACAAUUCAGCAUCUCCCGGUUGCUACACACGUCGUCAGCAUGUCAAAAAUCGCAAUCUGGAAGGUACCGGAUAACCGCAAAACGCGAUUUUCCCCUAACCUACGAAAUGGCGAACCCCCCGCACCAAAUAGCCCACAGGAAAACGUGGAACUCCUGGAAUACUUCUAAUUUAGAAGGAGGUCUUCGAUCGUCAGAGACCGCCAUUGAAGACAUGUUCAUCCGGAAAUUCGUAACCGGGACUUGGCAUGCGUUGUUUGUUAGCGAAAUUAUAAUCAAGCGCCAACACAAUAUUAUUAGGGUUGCCGGCAUCAUUAGGAGGAGCAUAGGGGCAAGAAAAAUUUAUUUCUUGAUAGGGUACACAGAGGAGUUGUUGAGUUUUUGGUUACAGUGUCCUGUGAAGUUGGAAUUGCAGACUGUAGCUGACAGGAGUGACGUCAUUUUUAAGUACAUUUAGUUACUGAUCGUUUUGACUUAAGUCAAUAAAGUUUGUACAUAAGUG